AUGUUAGAUCGGUUCGUGGUGGUGUACCUGACCGAUAUUCUGAUUUAUUCCAGGUCCAGGGACAGUCACCUUCAACACAUUCGUCUGGUCUUGCAAUGUCUUCGGGAGCAUCAACUCUAUGCGAAGCUGGAGAAAUGCCUCUUCUUCCAUACUUCCAUAGAGUUCCUGGGGCACAUCAUCUGUCCCGAAGGCAUCACCAUGGACCCGCGUAAAGUAGAGGCCUUGUGUAGUUGGGAACCCCCUCGUCGCAUGAAGGAUUUUCAAUGCCUCUUGGGGUUCGCUAACUAUUACCUGACCUUCAUCCUGGGUUUUGCCAAGCUGACGGGUCCAAUAACACAGCUCCUUCGAAAGAAGGUCCCAUUCCAGUGGGGGCCCCUGCAGCAACAGGCUUUUGAGGCCCUCAAAAAGGCCUUCAUUGAAGAACCUGUCCUGAGGCAUCCUGAUCCACAUCGUCCUUUUGUGGUGGAUGCAUCCAACGUCCUUUUGUG